UUCGCCACCGGGAAAGUGACAGGAGAGGAGAGCUGCUAGUUGUUGACAUUGCUCUCAAGUCUUUACUUUGUGUUGCACAGACAGAAAUGGACGACCAGGGAUGUCCGAGAUGCAAAACAACCAAAUACAGGAAUCCGUCGCUGAAGCUGAUGGUGAACGUCUGCGGUCACACGCUAUGCGAGAACUGUGUGGAGAUGCUGUUUGCGCGUGGCUCGGGUAACUGCGUGCAGUGUGACACACCCCUGAGGAAGAGCAACUUCCGCGUGCAGCUCUUCGAAGACCCGGCCGUAGAUAAGGAGGUGGAGAUUCGCAAGAAGGUGCUGAAGAUAUACAACAAGAGAGAUUUUGACUUCCCCAGUCUGAGAGAAUAUAACGACUACUUGGAGCAAUUGGAGGAUACAGUGUAUAACCUGACAAACAACAUUGAUGUGGAGAACACCAAGCUGCAGAUGGAGCAGUACCAGAAAGAGAACAGAGAUCUCAUCCAGAAGAAUAAGGUUAAACUGACAAGAGAGCAGGAGGAAGUGGAGGAGCUGAUCUUGUUGGAGCAGCAGGGCAAUGAGCAGCGGAGACUGGAUUUGCUGCAGGAGGAGCAGAGGCAGCUCCAGGCCAAGAGGAAGAACAAGCAGGCUCUGCUGGAUGAACUGGAGCAGUCCCAACUUCCUGCCACCAUCUUGCUCGCCCAACACAAGGUCCGUGCUGCCAAGCUGGAGACCCAGAUAGAGCAGCAGAAACAGGCAGUCAAACCUACCAGUCUAUUCUCAACUGGAAUCCAUAUGCAUCAGACGGUGUCUCUUCAGCCUCCUCCCAAGAUAGAGGAAGUUCUGUACCACUACAAGCCCCUUCAAGUUGUGACAUACGGACCCCCAGUGCCUGAACUGGAGCAGCUGGGCAGACUUGGAGUCCCAACCUCGGUGCCAUUUCCCUGAAGAACCCAAACACCCUCCGUUCCGCUGCAGCGUCGUCGAUCUAAACACAAAGAGAAGCCACACAUUCCCAGCUGGAAAUCAAGCAGAACCCCACCGGAACAUUUUGCCACUUAUCUUUUCACUUUGAAUUAGAGAUGCGGCUGUGCAGCGUUUUCCAGUCAGCCGGAGUGGGGAAUACUUCCAGGGACCCGUCAGGGAAAUCUUCUGACCGUUAUUAGCAUUAGCAGGAGACAUUGCCCAGGUAUUCAGACUUCCAGACCCAAGUGGAAAAAUGCUGUUGGCCAACUUGGCUCUGAACAGUUUUGAUCCACAUGGUUUUUGAAAGAAAUGGGGUUACAGUAGAUGCUAUGAGUAGAGUCUGUAAAAUAAUGCAAGCUCUUUAACAUCUAUUAUGCUUUUAAUAAUUAAAAAUCUAAAUUUCACACUCGUGCUGAGAUGUUCAUCUGAGAAAAAAAACCUAGCAAAACAUAUAUCACUCCUUUUGAGUGUGUAUACUAAUGGUAAAACUCCUGUGAUAUUCCCUUGUGGCAAUUGCAGUCUGACACGCACACUGUCAUACUGUGUCAUUCAGUUGUCUUCAUCACCUGCACUCGUCUUUUCCCACUCCCCCCAAGCGACAUAAUGGGCCAGUCCAAAGUGACCCAUAUUUACCCAAUAAUACGAAGCUUUGAAAAGACCCAUAUCGAGUUGCAGCUAAUGCUCCAGUGAGGCCCGGAGAGUGAAAGAUGUUACCGGCCGACACGGCUUGGGUUUCACGGCCCUGCGAACAAAAGGCAGUCCAGUCCUCAGAGAGAGA